CUUCCGAUUAAUCACCGUCGUUGGUUCGUCGCCGCCAACACCCGACGAAGCCAACCCUCUUCCCCGGCAACCCCCCGACGAAGCCAACCCUCUUCCCCGGCAAGCCCCCAUCGAAGGCAACCUCCUCCCCGCACACCUCCGUCCAAGGAGACCAUCGUCGCUGCGCAUUCCAAGGUGCGAACCUCCCAUCGAAGUCGUUGAUUUCGUCUCAGUCAAAGAUGGUGUGAACCUUGCUUUCUUCCCUGGCCGAAAGGAUCAUGUUGCACCAUCUUCCUCUGAUUCUGGUUCAUUAGGAAACAUAAUUGUUGACUUCUACUGGGGGAUGGAACUAUAUCCUCGUAUUGGCAAAGGUUGAUAUCAAACUUUGAUAUCAAAGUUUUCACAAACUACAGAUUUGGCAUGAUGUCUUGGGCAGUUCUAGCUGUCACUUACUGCAUAAAACAGUUAUCUUAGGUACUCUUGGUGAUGUGGUACAUGCUUGUUGCAUAUUUCUUGAAGAUUACUUCACCCCAGUGACCGGAUAUCAAUGAACUUGAAAUCAUAUUUAUAAAGCAGAUGAUUGAAAAUUGAUCAUGUUUUUUUAAUGUUCAUCAUGGACUUCCCAGUACUAAGAAUAUGGAAAAGUUGAUGAUUCCAUGCUUGUGAAUAUUGUACUGAUGUUGGUGUACAUAACAAAGUUCUUCUGGUGGGAAGCUGGGUACUGGAACAAAAUGGAUAUUGCUCAUGACAGAGCUGGUUUUUAUAUAUGCUGGGGAUGCUUGGUUUGGGUUCCAUCGAUUUAUACCUCUCCUGGAAUGUAUCUUGCCAUUGCAGCCCGAGUGUGCAUAUGAGAAUGUGGCAGCGAAAAGAUAUGAAUUUGCAAUGAGGCUCUGGACUUUGAGGAACAUCCACUUAGACAAUGAGGCUCUUAGACUACUUUGAGGAACAUGUUUAGUGUAGGAUGAGUUUGGUUGUAAAACAAUGAUGUAACCUUACUAUAUACAUUUUUUGGUGCUCAUUUUUUGCCACCAUGGGUUUGGUUGUUAAAUGUAGGAGGU